AUGUUACAAGCGUUAAGAACACCUAAGGAGAGCUCGAAGAAGUACUGUGUAUGCGAUUCGCCCCGAAGACUUCAAAGACGAUUAAUCCUCAGCAGUCCAUUAUCUCUAAACGUCCUUCCUCGAUGUGCCGGUAUCGACGCAAGUACAUCACGGCGUUUUUUGCUGUCUCCCAGACUGGGAAUCCAAGUCUCGUUUUACACUACAAGAACGUGGUUCCGCAUGUCCACCUCAUUCAUCACCAAAUCGCUAGUUCGAAACAGAUAUCGAGGUGUCUUCGUUCGACUAUACGAUAAUCGACCCGUCUUGAACAGAAUCGUCGAUCGCCCUUCUGAACAAUAUCAAGAUGCAAAGCCCAGUUUAUCGAGAGCAGUUCAUCUUGUUGCUCUUCCUCCUGAGUCAUUUCAACAAAUAAGUUCAGUUAAUUUAGUGCAAUUGCACUUAGAAGACGAUGACAAACCAACUAAGAAAAGAUCUCAUUUGGAAGCGAAGAUUGCGAUCAGGAAUAGUAUUGACAAUGGACAUGAAAUAAGAGAGGCCCGAUGA